AAGCAGACGCAUGGUGGUCCAAUUGUGUUUCUAUAGCAGCUUGUGUAACUUUGUAGUGGUAAUCGAGGUACAGUGGUUGAUGUGAUUGGGAACUUGUCACGGUUGUAGUAGAGGCCGCAGCUGGGACAGUGCGCGGACAUCUCCACCCAUGUUAUUCUGUAUUAUGUAGGCGGUACAUUCGUGUGUGUCGCCUAAUAUGAUAGCGAUUAAUACCUCACAAGUUUUCCGACAUGUAUAAAAUGUUAAGAGGGCCGCGCGCAUAGCCGUAGGCCCGCCGCGCUAAGAUUUCGUCCAUGUUGCUCCAUACGAUCCAUUGAUUUUUCCGGUUAUUCGAUAAGGCCCUCAUCUCUUGGGGUGUGCGUGCACGGCACAACACUUGUUAUUCGGUGACCCCCAAGGGCCCACGCAAAUCGUGUUGUGUUGGCUUGUCGCUUUUGGUGCAGUUGCCGCAGUGGCGAGUCAGGCAGAUCACUUGGAUAAGCGGAAGGGGCGGUGGAGGAGCGGCAAGAAUGUCGUGUCUCUCCCGACCAUGCAUGUUUUGUGUGCGCCUUUUCAAGUGGCUACCGGUAGUUCUCAUCAUCACCAUCGUUGCCUGGUCAUAUUACGCCUAUGUUAUACAACUAUGCGCCUUCAGGGUGGAAAGUUAUGUGGAGAAAGUGUUGUACCUGAUAAUAUUUCAUGUAUCCUUCGUCAUGUUUGUUUGGUCCUAUUGGCAGACUAUUUUUACCGAUCCCGGUGAAAUACCACGAAACUUUUACCUGUCAUCAGAAACAUUAGACCGCCUGGAGAAGGAACCAACAGAACAGGGCCAGCAAAUGGUCCUUGAGAGUCAAAUCAGACAUUUGCCAAUAUUAUGUAGGAAUUACAAUGGAAGUGUAAGGUAUUGCGAGAAAUGUACGUUGCUAAAACCUGACCGGACGCAUCACUGUUCAGUUUGUGCGCGCUGUCUACCAAAAAUGGAUCAUCACUGUCCUUGGGUAAACAACUGCGUUGCCUACGCCAAUUAUAAAUUCUUCGUCCUUUUCCUUGGCUAUGCUAUCAUUUACUGCCUCUUUGUGGCUGCCACUACAUGCCAGUAUUUUAUUCGCUUCUGGACCGGCGGACGCGAGGCGAUGCGUGACGAUUCAACGGGUUCGAUGACAGUCGAAGGGUGGGGACGUUUGCACAUCCUUUUCCUUUUCUUCGUUGCCAUUAUGUUCGCGAUCAGCCUUGUGUCUCUCUUCUGUUAUCACUGCUACCUGGUUAUGGUAAACAGAACAACACUCGAAAGCUUUCGACCGCCUGUUUUUGGAACCGUGCCGGAUAAGCGCGGUUUCUACUUGGGUCGUAUUCAAAAUUUUCGUCAGGUUUUCGGUGAUGACAAGAAGCUGUGGUUUAUUCCAGUAUUUACAAGCCUAGGUAACGGCAUUCGGUACCCCACACGGGAGACCACGCGAACGCAGCAACGGGCCGGGGACGUGGAGGCCGGCUUUGGUCAGAGCCAAACUACAGCAAGUAACAUUCCGCAGAUGGGUUCGGGUCCCCAGAGUCCCCAUGGCGGCCAACCGUUGCACGACUACCGCUCAAUGGGAGAGACCCCUGCCACCAGGCCCCCGUCGCAUCAAACAAGCUUGGGCGAUGGCUUGUCAUUUCCGCAAAGAACCGACGAUGCAGACACGGACGGACUACUGAGCGCAAGGAGAAAGUGGACCGAUACGGAUGAUACCGAGACAGAUAAUGACCAAGAGUUGGACCUGCGUGAGGUGAAGGUUGUGAAUCAUACAACGCCUUCGGCAUCCAUUGCUUGAAAUAAUAGGACCUAUGCUAAUAAAAUAUGAAUUCUGGGGCCCGAUAAUUAAUAGAGAGCGUUCGUAUUUGCAUAUAAAAGGGACCGCGAAGAAACCGAAAAAAAGUUUCGUGAUUAAAGCCCAUGCAGUUUUACACUUAGGCGAUGAAGAUUUCAAGGAAAUAAUCGACUAAUUACAAAGGCUCAGGCUUUUAAUCUGCAACCGCUCAAACUGAGAGAGAGUGAGAAAGACAGAAUACGAUCACACCAGGCUUUUCAACUUACACACAUCGUGACCGCUACUGCCUGGCUACUUUUCAUUGCUGAAUAAGAACUGCGAAAUAUACGCAGGUCUGAAGGGAACAAAGGCAAAAAUGGCUGUCGACAUUUAAUUCGGUGCUCUUAUUUGUCGCGAUUUGUUGCGUCCGACUGAAGCUGACGGUAUACUAAAGUUAUGUAGAAUAGCAUUAGAUUAAAUCCGCAGUACGAAGGGUAAGUCAGAUAUAGUUUAUGAAACACUUGUAGCAAAAAAUCGAAAAAAAGUAUGAUUUUCCGUACAGAAGGAAUAUAGUAACAUUAUCAGUGCAUAUGAGCGCAAUUGAGCGUGCAUUAAUGAAUAAUAUCGUAACUGAUUUAUACCACUGAGGACACACAGGUAUGGUGUUUUUGCUAACUACGAGUUGCAGUUAGUUACGGUGUUGGCCACAGAUACAUUUCAUUUAAAUUUUUUUCUCUGUAGAACAAAUCGUAAGAAUAAGAUAGGCCAAAAUAGUUUUUAUUUUGCAAAUUUUGUACUUACUACCUUGCAUAUGAAGACUUGAAGUCAAUUUCUUCCUUUAAAGGCAAAUAUUUUCAGUUCUAUAAGAGCAUAAGUAUAGCGAUGAGCAAAAUUAGCAAUGAAGUAAAAGUAGAGAAAAAUCAGCUGCAGAAAUGGAUUGUAUAUUAUCAGGAACUGACUCUUGCGAACACCUAAUUCAAGUUGAUUACUGUGCACGACAACUUUCCUGAAGUGCCCAUAUUAAAUCAUCGAAUUAUAUGGGAAUGGGUCAUCUUGUAUAUACCUUACCAUCAUGCAUCAUUACUUAAUAAUGUUAAGAUUCAAAUGCGCGUCUGUUACAAGUGCGCAAAAGACGCAAUUUGCAAGUUUGCAAAAGUAUACAAACUUAUUUUUAAAAAAUCGUUUCUUUUAAGUCAGUUUAUGGCUAACCAAUCUCCGUAAAAUUGUUUGUGAUAAAGUGCUAUUGACUUGGUUUUAUCCAUCUGGCUUUAAUGGACCGAUUCGGCAAAAAUUAAAGCCGAGGGCGUUUUUCGAUAAAUAACGUACAUGCAUACAUACCGUAUUGUAUUUUAUGCUGCGAAACUUCUUAAACCGCUUUGAUCUAUGUCGAAUUUACGACGUUAAUUACCCAAGGAAUUAACACAACAAGUCAUAUGACAACUAUGAACAUAGUAAAUGCUAAGCUAAGAUUACUUACUGCACUAGAUAUAAUUCGGCCUUUAUAAUAAUAACAGCGGUAUCUACUAGUAGCCCUUAAAAAUUUCAUAGCAGUAUUCUCAAACUGUGAAGGAACUCAAUGUUUGUAAAGAAUCAGAAUGGGCAGUAGUACGAUACGCAGACCAGCUGAAUAUGGGUGAUAACCUUAGUGAUUAUGUGUGGAUGAUUCAUUUGCAGGCUUCCAUUAUAUCGAUCAAACGUGUUUUCUGGCAUUUUCUCCAUUAAAAGGGUUCGUUUAAGGAAAGGUAUUUAUGUUACCGUCUUAAUCUCUCUGAGAAAUUCCAACUUUGCGUACGAAAAUAUCUAAGCACGCAAAAAGCACGAAAAAUAAAGCAGGUGUUAAAUUUUAUUUCUUAACAUUUUUACAAAGCCUUUACUGUAAGGCAACGUUGGUGCUAUAAAGUCUCAUAGCAUGCUGAAGUUGCUAAUAUCAGGCUCACGUAUGCAUACAAACGAGCAAUUAGGCCGCUAAGCUAGCUAAAAUAGCGCAGGUAUUCGCUAUUUAUAUACAUAUCUUCGAUGAAAGUAACAACACAACAAUAUUCAAAUUCGAAACAACAGAUUUUUUUGAAAAUAGACAUUUUUAGACUUGUACACGCAGCUUCCUUUACUGCUGUAAACAUUUCCGCGCUGUUGGAAAGACGGAUUGUGCUCUCUACGAUUUAGUUGACUUUUCCUUAAAGAAUUUCUAGUGUAUAUCUAAUCGGGGAAUGUUGAUUGUAGAUAUUUAUAAAAUAAAAUGGGAAAAACACUGACAUAUAUACAUUUUCUUCCAUGAAAGCAACAGCUGAAGAAAAAAUUUUUCUUACACCCUAAGAUAUCAAAUCACUCAACGGCUUGUUUGGUCGAGUUGGAGUGAACCCGCGCAGUGAUGUGUAACCUACAUUUUGUGACCAGUAUAAAACGAAUAAUAAUUUUUCUGGAACACAUGAUUAUUAUUAUGAUCAUGAUUAUUUCAAACGGAAAAAUGAAAUAUUAAAUAUGAUAAGAGUAUGUGAAAUUAGAAGGUUUCAUAAGACCUAAAUGAUGAGUUCACCUAAAUGCCGAGUAUAUGUUAUUAUGGUAAAAUGUAAUGAAUUCUGUAUGUGAAGCAUUAGGGGUAUAUGAUCUGAGAAUGGAGAAUAGGUGUAUUCUAGCAGUCGUAUUUAUUAUCUGUAAUAAUAAUUGACGCCAGGAAUGCAAUUGCUAUCAAAAUCCUUAAUCUUAAAUGUUAUUAAUUAGGUUAGUGAGUAUAGCAGCAGAUAGGACAUUUUCUCAUAUGAAUGUGUAUGCUUCACUUGAGUUUAAUACUUCACCUAAUAUUCAUGGCCAUUAGUAAAAUCGCACUAUGUAUCUAUUGCAUAGGUGUUGUAUGUGAAUGUUAGUAUGGCAUAAGAUAUUUUAUUAAUAGAUAUAAAAUAUGAAAUAAAUCUUAUCACAUGUAAAUCUAAUUUUUCCUUGGUUAUAAGUUCUUUUAGUAUCUUUUGCCUCGAUUACAGUUAAAAAUUUUCCUUUUUAUAAUGGUAUAUUCCCUCAAGAUUUCAAACUUUUUAGGUCUUUAAGGAUAUCGAUGUAAUAUAACAAUGCCUCUAUUCCAUAGAAUCUAUUGAUCCUAAAAUAUUUGACCAAAAGAAGAAAGUGACGUUUUACUACUCAGAUUCCAAAUCUUAGAGCAUGCUACGGUAAGCCUUUAAACCAGUUAUUAUCAGUCACAGUGCUUUUUUGAACAAUAAAAGUCCGAUGUUUGUUCGAUACAUGUAUAAGCGUAGUAUAGAAUAUAAGCGUGGAACCUUAAUGUGAAAGUUAUGCAACCAAAAUUGCAGCACAUUCUCGGAGCCCAUGACUUAACUGGGAAUUGCGUGGAUCAUGAGCACGGAGAGAAAAUUGCGCAUUUUAAUUUUGCUUUCUAAAUCGUGCAAUCAGCAUGAUAUCACGAGCAUUGUGUGUGACACAAUGCUGGUUGCAUAACAUACCUCGGUGGACGUAUCCCGGUAUAUUAUAAUCCAUUAUCGAUCAUCAGCGGUGAUAGUACCCAUGUACACUAUCCUGAUGUACAAGCCGGUCCUAAAGGCUUUAGGAUUAAAAGGCACAAUUUUCUCUUGAUACUCAUGAUCCACGCGAUUUUCAGUUAAGGCAUGGGCUCCGAGGUGCGUAAGGAAUAAGGGUUUAACACAGUCCGAAGGGCAAAUUAAUUAGUUGCUCCCAAACUAAUUAGAUCACAAACGAUGUUGUUGCGGCUUUCUUGAGAUAAAAUAGUCACUGCUAUCUUUCGUGAGAGCCUAUGUGAAACACGAAAAUGGAGUACUAAAAAAAUGUGUUCGAUGAUCCGUAUUAAAAAUGAAAUCCAAUCAAUACUAAUGUAACGGACGCUUUAAAAUUUUUGUGGUGCAGGCUAUGAAUGAAUACUAAACAUACAAACGGUACUCGUAACUGAUGAAAGAGUCUUGAUUAUUUUAAAUUUGAAUAACCUGCAACAGCCAGCACGUAUGAUAACGCUAAGAAGGCAAAACAAAUUGGGCUAAGGAAUUGCCGUUAAAAAGCUUGCAAAAAACUAGAAAUUAUAUCGCACCAUUGUUAAAGAUCUUUGGACGUUAGAUAUCUCAUUGCAAGGAUUGUGCCGAGGGAUCUGAAUUUCGAUCAAAUGUAGACCUAUCAGCGUUUUUCUCAGAGGAACUUAAGGCAAUGGAAGGAAUUUAUUUCAGUGCAUCAUUUACGGUGGCAGUCCAUGAGUGUACAGAUAUUACAUUGAUACGAGGGCACAAUUUUCUGAUUAUCGCUUCAAAUGCCAGCCAACAUUGAAGAAAGUUAGGAUGCUUAUCUGAUAAAUUCCGAUAAACGAACAGUCAUGUUUGAGAUAUGUCUCCCGUAUUCGUUCGGUAUUUGGUCCCGUAUUCGGAACGUACUGUCAGGCACACAGAAGCAUUAACGUGAGAAACUUCAAUCUAAGCGACUUUAUAUGUAUCGGAUUCUCUUACGGUAUGAUUUUCCAUCAUAGUCAUUUGCAUUAUUUCAAGGAAAUUUUGGGAUAUUUGUCAUUCUUGUUAUUUUCGAUUACUAACGACCCACCCAUAUCUUCAUUAGUAUCUUUAAUUUUAGAGAACCAUGUUAUAGUAUACUAAUCAUAUAUUAAAAAGAGGCUCGCAUUUACUCAAAAUACCGCGUAAACGUGGAAGUCUAGAGAUGCACACACAAAGUCGUUCGGAGUUUAAACCGAACUACUUUUUGUUCCCACGUUUUGGAAGUUGAUUCUCACACUUUAUAAUCGUCGACUAUGAGGUUAAGAAUACAUUUCCAGGAAGAUUGCAGCUCAUAUAUAUUGCAGAAAUCAUGAGGUCUGACCACUUUCGAUUAGACACCCCCCUCCCCCGGCGCCAUCUAAUCGCUAUGAGGGGUAUUAUAAUGUAUGAUUACAGCCGGUUGAAACUGCAAAUACAUUUAUUAUGACAAUUUAUUUUUAUGUCCGUUUCAACCGAUCACGUUUUCAGCCGAAAUCUUUUUGCAUCGUGACCAAUCGUUCCGGAUACCUUUUAGGUUGGUAAUUGAUAGGUAGUGUAAUUGAUAGGUGUACCGUGCGAUUAAUUUCUCGAAUUUCUCGAUGCUCUUCCAGGUUCUAAUCUAGGCAGCCGGUUUAGAGAAGUGUGGGUAUGGUAGCAAGAGUGGCAUAAAAGACUGGGUUUCUUGGGUCAAAAAGACUAAGUAACAAGUUUUUUAGGCAUCUCUAUGUCAAAGAAACCGCUCAUGGGUCGUGUUUCGAAAUUCAGAUACUGAAACACCAGGCUAUUGGAAUGACCGUAACUUUAGAGAUUUAUCGGUAAAUAUAAUUUUGAGCUUAUAAAGUACAACUUAACCGGAGUUGUCCUCAUGACCUCGAUUACUGCGGUGUUCGUCGUAAAAGUGCUUGCUGUUAACAUCGUGAAAAUAGAGUAUUCUAGUGCUUUUAGCAACCGCACAGACAGCUACUCCAUAACUGCGCGUAUUGACCGCUUUACGAGCACGUUCGAUUGCGUGAGGGUUACAGCUGCUUGACAAUGCCCUGCACAAGCCGACAGUAGAUUAACGCUAUCUCCAGGAAGCUUCCCAAGUUUGCGGAGAUCUAUAACGGCUUUUACUUUUGAUCGCGAAAAUUCUCUGCGCAAAGCUCGUAUGAUUAAGGUAUAUGGCUUCUUGCGUAGUGGACGAGCACUUCGAUGGAAUGGAUGGACCCCUAGAACUCAGAACAGAAACGCCUGCCUAAUGUGCGCCUGUCGAAGGUAAGACUAAUGUUCUUCAGUUUCUUUGGGAAACACCAAGAUAAUCUAAGUAAAUCAAGGUCGUUAAGUAUCGUAACUUCCGCAGAACUCGAAAGGUAUACGCUCGAACUGAUACAAGCCAUCUGGGGUGCAAAAUGCCAUCUUACUCCUGUCUUCAGGUGCCAUGGGAAAUGAAGCUAUCUUCGGGAUCGUAUGGGUAACGAUAUGUAUCUUGGAAGUUCCUUUGGCUUUCUGUUAAUACUGUGCCAGCAACAGACUUCCAUUAGACCUAGAAAUAACUCAUUGGCCUUCUUUACAUUAGCGGUUUCGAUAAUGGCUAAACCCGUAGCAAGUCAGGUAUAAGGCAGUUAUGUCCACGCAAGGUUUCUAAAACUGAACCUUCAAUGAACUUUGUUUAUGGAAAUUUCACUCAUAAAAAUAAGAACCCCACGAUGAGGAAUUAGUGUUCAUAAUCAUGCGGAAGAUACGUACAUGAACGGUAUUGACGGAGUCGUCGAGGCUUCGUGUAUAAUAAAAGGGAAAAAGAGCAAAAGCCAGAACGUAAUCUUGAAACCUCCUGAGGGUUUGGUCGUGAAUAACACCAGGACGUGAAAAAUAAUCGGUACUAUCUGAAAUAUCAGGCCGUUAGAGGCCGAAAGAAGACAUUUUAAGAAAAAAUAAAAAAUGCUAUUAAUGUGUUGACAGUGUUGUGUGACACAGAGCAUAUGUGAGGGACCAAGCCGAACGCGAGCACCUUAUUACUUUCGUAGCAGUGCCCACCAGACUUAAAAGUCAAAACUUUAGAGGCAUUUUUGGCUGAGGAUCGGCUAGAGGAGCGUAACCUUUAAUAACAGCACCCUGGGCUUUAAACUAAUGACCUAAUUAUAUGCCAUCAACGGCUAAAAGCACUAUGUUUAAAGAUUAUAUAAAUCUGCUUGAACAAACAUUGGAAAAUAUAACGUAGGGAGUUAAUCCAACGAGUUCAGUUCACAUGGUCACUAAAAUUUAUGGUAUCAGAAAUGAUGUAUGUGACCUGUAAAAAUAUUUAUGCACUAUUUUAUGCUAAAAGUCUGAAAGUGUGCGGACCUGAUUACUACUACGACCGCGAAAAUAUUUACGCUAAAUAGACUAAUUUCGUUGUACGGUGGUGGUAGAAACUGAAAUAUUUUGAAAAUCACUGAACAUACCUCUAGAUAUACCCAAAAUUUUAAAAGCUUUUAAUAAGCUUAUUUGCAGAACGCAGCGUUAAAACAGUUUCUAUUUUAAGUCUGCUUAUAUUUAUUUCUAUUGCUGUGU